UGUCCUUCUGUAGGAAGGGUGGCUCCCCAGAACUGUGCGGAUCUGUACAUUCUCGGGGUACAGGAAAGCGGCACGUACUCUGUUGGCUACCCGGAACCGUUCCAGGUGUCCUGUGACAUGGACACGGAUGGCGGCGGGUGGACGGUCAUACAGCGACGGCAAGACGGGUCGGUGCCGUUCGACAACACCUGGGACCAGUACGUGCAGGGAUUCGGGAACGUCAGCGGAGAGUUCUGGCUCGGACUGGACCGUUUACACCGCCUCACCGCACAGCAAAGUCACGAACUGUACAUCUCUCUGGAGGACUGGGAAGGAGAGAGUAUGUUCGCGAAGUACAGCGAGUUUUCUGUGAGAGAUGCAGAAAGCACGUACACGGCUACAGUCAGUGGGUACAGCGGCAACGCCACGGAUAGCAUAACGUCAAACUACGACAACGGGCGGUUCAACAUGAACAACCAGAAGUUCAGCACCAAGGACCAAGACAACGACAACAACAUUUACAGCUGUGCGGCCGUAAAUGGAAAGGGUGGUUGGUGGUACCCGCCAAGCUGUGGUUACGCCAUGUUAAACGGGCAGUAUCUGGCCGGAUGUAACGCCAAUUGCGAGCAUGCUCAAGGCAUCGUCUGGAAAACCUGGAGGGGGUACCGUUACUCAUUGAAGAAAGUAAUGGUGAUGAUCAGGCCUACUGAUUACCCAUGGUGUCCAAAGCCAGGCUACAGUCGUUUUAACGGGGUUUGCUACAAGCACUUUGCUGGGGGGGAGACCUACUUUCAGGCCAGAGAGACCUGUGCCUCAGACGGGGGACUGUUGGCCAUGCCGAGAGACAGCGCGACCAACGACUUUAUCGUCGGACUAGGAAACGGAAUCCACUGGAUCGGCCUGAAUGACAUCGACACCGAAGGCCGUUGGGUGUUUGAGGACGGACAAACCCUGGAGUCAACAGGCUUCUGGGGAAUCGGCGAACCAAACAAUGUGAACAAUGAAGAAGACUGUGCUGCCAUCGGGUAUAGAAGCUGUAAAAAUGGCGGAACAGUAACCCCAGAGGGGUCGGGCACUGGGCUGUACUCCUGUUCGUGCCCGGCUGGAUGGAAAGGAAAGUACUGCGAAGAAGGAUUAAAACUUUACGCUGGCAAAGUUGAUCUGGAAGUCAUCAGUAUUCGGUUCUUACAAUUCAUGCCCAAACCUGAGUUAGUUAAAGAAUGA